CGACGCCGUCGCUCAAGCUGAGCGCGCCCCGGAACAGGCCGCCGCGCGCUGCGCACGGACCCGCAGCCCCCGCCGGCCAGGCCGGGUCGGGCGGCCCAGCACAGAUCUCAAUUGGACUUGGUGACUAACCGCAGGGGAGGAGGGUGACCUGCUUCUGCCGGAAAUGACAGGCGAGCACAGCCGCAGUCAGCACCUUCUCCCAGAGGUGUUGGUGCAGAUUCCCCGGGCUGGCCAGACACACAGGGCCGCACCUUCCUAUUUCUCCCCGGCCACAGCCCGCCCAUCCCAGUUGAGCACCUGUUUGCCUGAAGUUAAUUUCCAGAGCAGGAGUCUCCAGAGCUGGCCAGGGGAUGAACCGCGAGGGGGCCCCCGGGAAGAGUCCGGAGGAGAUGUACAUUCAGCAGAAGGUCCGCGUGCUGCUCAUGCUGAGAAAGAUGGGGUCAAACCUGACGGCCAGCGAGGAAGAGUUCCUGCGCACCUACGCGGGGGUGGUCAGCAGCCAGCUCAGCCAGCUGCCACAGCACUCCAUCGACCAGGGUGCAGAGGAUGUGGUGAUGGCGUUUUCCAGAUCGGAGACGGAGGACCGGAGGCAGUAGCUGUGAACCCCUUGGAACACGCUGGAAGCUGGCACAGGCCAAGAGAUCUGUGUGGACCUCGGCCGGCUGAGUGGCAGCAGGUCCCCUUCCCCACCCCUGCCCCACUCCACCCCACCCUACCCCAUGGCCACUCAGCGGGGCUGGCAUCGAGGGAGACACCAGUGAUGCAGUUAUGAUUGGCUUGAAGGGACGGACUCACGAUUGGCUGCAGGAAGAAACCUUUUUAUUUUUAAAUCUUGACCAAUGGAAACCUUUUAUUUUUAUUUCUGACUCUUUAUUUUUUUUAAAAUUUGCGCCUCGGUAUAUGGCUUCCCAGGAAGCUCUCCGAGCUCUGGUGCUUUAUUUAGGUCAUGUUUUAGGAAUGUGAAGAGGUCGGAUUGGCUGCUCAAACUGGAAAUGGAUUUUGAUUGGCUGGCUAAUGGGAAACUUUUUUUUUCUUUGAUUGGCUGCAGGUGUUCUGCUGGGAGCAACAGCUUCUCUCUUUUGAAUGCUGAAAACAGGGUUUGGGACAUUGGUUGUUAUAUUUGACUUGAAAAAAAAAAGAAACCAAGUGCGCUUUGCAAUAUUUAUUACACAAAGAGCUUGCUGCUGCUUUCACAUGCUCUGUUUAUGUUUGCAUUUGAUUGGCUUUCCAUACGUGUGUUUGGUUUCCCAUUGGCUCACCCCUGACACCCGUUGCCAUGGCCUCACCGCCACUCUGCUGUGCACGGUCCCUCUGCAGCCCAGGGUCCACCUGGAAAGUGCAUUUCCUUUAAUGACCACACCUGGCUCCACCAGCAAGGGGACCUUGAGAACCCCAAGCAGGGUCCACAGCUGGAAAACACGGUUCCCAAGGAGGUUGGUGUUGUCGUGAAGGAGCAGCCCAGGACUUAGAGGUGACUAUUAGCCAGGAUGUAUGUGCAUCACUUCCAGGAAUUGGCAGCCAGCCAGCUUCCUUAGGCGAGAAUAGAAUUGCUUGACUGUCCGGGCCUCUCCGGCCUGCUCGUGCUGAGCAGAGGCGCUACACUGGGUGGAUGGCUCUGCCUUUCGCCAUUUCCUCCAUAUCCCUCUUCCUGAGGCCUCACCUGGGGGUUCCUCCUGUAAGGACAGGAGCUGCUCCCUCACCUGGGGGUUCCUCCUGUAAGGACAGGAGCUGCUCCCUCACAUGGGGGUUCCUCCUGUAAGGACAGUGUAGCACAGGCUUUGGCCCCGGAGUCCAGAACCCACACAACAGCCCCAGCUUGGCUCGCAAAGCCCGGGAGCCUUUGGCUCCAAACACCCACCCCUGACCUCCCCCAGCCAUGCUCCCAAGGUGUCUGCUGCAGGGACAGUAGGUCCUGGCCGGCUGGAGUUCCCUUAUCCGAGGCCGGUGCCCCUCACUGCUGGGCCUUCUGAAGGGUGUCUCUCUAUGUCAGCCUGGAAGGAACAGCGUCAUUGUUUAGUUGUGAAGUGCAUCACUGGGCAAGGCCCACCAGGCUGGUCCUCAAUCCUGACCCCAGAAACCCAGAGCAGCGGUCUUUGAAUGGCUGCAGGUACCCCACGUCUUCCCACUUGCCUUCCGCCUUCCCCUGCAGGCGGCCUGCCCUCUCCCUGCAUCUCUCACAGGAGUGGAAUCUAGGUGGGGAGGUAGAGGAAGAAGCAGGCCUGGGGAGGGGACGCCACCACCCUCCCCCUGAGGUAGUUGGCUCAGGCCCUCUUCUUGCCUGCUUACCCAGAGCCAGGAGAAGACUCUCAGAGCCAAAUACCCGCUUCUCAGGGCUUGGGGCUGUCGUGGAGCAACGGAGCUAAAUGCCAGUGUGUCCCAGGCCUGAGACACACUGGAGAGCCCGACGGCUGGUGGAUGCUUCCUGGUGCUGGGUCUUGCCCCAGAAGGAGGACUUGCGUGUCAUGGCCUAGACACCGCAUCCUCCACACACGGCCCCUGGCCCUAGUCAGUUGACCGUUAACUGCAAAGGCCAUCGGUCCCCAGGAGACGAGGACUGUGGGGACCCCAGCAGGGGCCCGAGAACAUCUUCCUCCAGGGAGGGAGUGCAUGUGUGCACGUGCAUGAGUGAGCACACACACACACCCACACACUCACAUGCACACUCAGCUCAGUGGCCUGCAGCUCCAGCUGAGCCCCUGGGGAAAGGUGAGUUUUUUCAGUCCCUCUCCCCCCCCAGGUUGUAAUAUCUGUUAUCAGGUGUAGAUGCCAGUGUUGCUGGCUGCCCCCUCUCUUUGUACCUGUAGCUCCCGCAAAGGGUCUGUGUCCUGGCCCUUGGUGUGUUUUCUGCCCCAGCCUGUCUUUGUCAAGGUCAUGGGCCUUCCUCUUGUAACAGUGACAGUCCUGAUCUGUCUCAUCUUCUGAAGAAAAGUGAAAGUGUUGCCGUGGCUUCUUAUUUCAACUAAAAAUAUAUAUGUUGGAGAGAAAAAUUAACAAUAAAGAUUUUUAAUAGCU